UUCACGGGGUGGAGGCGACAACGAGUUUUCUUCUGUAGAAUCGAGCACGUGUCUCUCUCCCUUGGACUUUCCGGUUACAUUGGGGUACGAUGGUUUUUUGAUAGACGUUAGAAAUGCGUGCGAUAACGUGUGGUGUGCUUCUGGUCACGCUGUUUUUGUACGUUGGAUGUGAUAACUGGCAAGAAUGGUGGACAUACGACGGAAUAUCAGGGCCAGCCUACUGGGGACUAAUGAACCCGCAGUGGAACAUGUGCUCGAAAGGCCGACGGCAGUCUCCGAUAAACAUCGAACCUGACAAAUUGCUGUUUGACCCCUUCCUAAGGCUCAUACAUCUGGAUAAACACAAAGUGAGUGGUAUGCUGCACAACACCGGCCAGUCUUUGGUCUUCAGGGUCGACAAAGAUACCAAACAACACGUGAACAUAUCUGGGGGACCGUUAGCGUAUCGGUAUCAAUUCGAGGAGAUAUACAUCCACUACGGCACCGAGAACCAGCAAGGAUCCGAGCACCACAUCCACGGCUACUCGUUCCCUGCGGAGAUACAGUUAUACGGAUUUAACAAAGAAUUGUACCACAAUAUGUCAGAAGCGCAACACAAGUCGCAAGGAAUUGUUGGCAUCUCGUUAAUGGUCCAGAUUGGUGACAUGCCAAAUCCAGAACUGAGGAUCAUCACCAGUGUUUUCAACAAGGUCCAGUACAAGGGGGCCUACACGCCCAUAAAGCAUCUAUCCUUAAGAAGUCUGCUGCCAGAUACAGAUAGCUUCAUGACGUACGAGGGCUCCACGACGCAUCCGGGAUGCUGGGAGACUACAGUCUGGAUCAUACUUAAUAAGCCCAUUUAUAUUACCAAACACGAGUUGUACUCAUUGAGAAAAUUAAUGCAAGGAUCGGAGGAGGCGCCGAAGGCUCCCCUGGGAAAUAACGCUCGCCCCGUUCAGCCGCUCCACCAAAGAACUAUUCGGACAAAUAUUAACUUCAAAAACUCCGAAAACAACAACUGCCCCUCCAUGCACAAGGAGAUGUAUUACAAAGCUAAUAAAUGGUCGCCUAAUGUCAGGGAACCGCACCCAUUCCACAGCCUGCACUCGUUACAUUGAAACUCCAGAUGUCCCGGGGGGGCAUCCAGGCAUCCGCGCGAUGCGGAAUGAAGACUCAACACGUCUUCGAUUUUUGACCGUGUAAAUAUUAGACGGAACGGACACAUUUUUGUGAUAUGUAUGCAAUAAUGACCAAAAAAGUGUUAUAGUGCAACCUCGGCUAAAUCUCUAAGCCCGCGGGAUUUGUAUACAUUGUAGCUUUCAUUAUACUUAUAAUUUUUGGUUAGAUGAUUUGUGGGUAAUCUAACAAUACUAACACAUUUUACGGACCUCCUCUGUACUGCCCGAAACCUUUCAAUUACAUCAAGGUAAUGUAAGAAAAAGUAUUUUCGCAGAAUGUCAUGUUGAACAAUACAAAAUUUGCAUUCUACAAGUGAUAUACUGGGUGAGUCAUAAUUAACAAGGGACCUGGGAAUAUAUGACGACUUGAAAGUAAUUUAAGUAAGGUUUAACUGAACAUUUUUCAAAAAAUUCCCCCUCUUCUAGAUACUUAAUGGUGGUUCAAAAAUUUAUCUUCUUUUAUGCAACAUAUGACAUAGAAAGUGGGAAACAAAACUCGAGCGUGCAUUCUAGAGACCAAUUAUGUCAUUCAAACCCAUUUACUUAUAUGCAAAGUUGCUUAGUUUUAGAGAUAUCAGCCAUCAAAGUAAUUUUUUUCCAAAAUUUUUCAAAUUCUGUGACAUUAUGUACCGUUGUUUUAUUCACAUUUUACACAUAUUCAGAGCAGCGCGUACUUUACAUUUGAUUUUAAGAAGCAAAUCUAGUUUUAAACCAUUUAUAGGUAUGAUGACAGAUUUUGAAAAACUGUUCUACGAUGUUCAGAAGUAUUUCAUAUUUCCCAAAAAUAUCUUAUUUCUGUAGAAAAUAAAAGGUUUAGUAGAAAAAUAUUG